CAGUAAUCUGGCGCUGGGACUGGCUAACUCUUACAAAUAUGGCUCCAUUGGUAUUUGCUUGGAGCUUCUCAUACCAACGUCAAUGGAGAAAACUCAAGGAUUGAACUGGAUAAGAUGCCCUCUUUGAAACCCACUCAACGCUAUCUUCAUCCUUCCAAUGGAGAUCACAUACAGCUUCGUCGCCAUUACCAAAACCCCUCGAAUCUUUCCUAGACUUCUCAGGCCCGUCUUCUCACUCUCCACCACUCAUGAAUUGAUGCCCUUUCGAAUCGCUACUUCGCAGACCCUCAAAAACGAAACUCUUAGAGUUCUUGAAUGGAGUUCUAUCUGUAAGCAACUCUCCAAGUUUACCUCCACCUCUAUGGGUUUUGACGUAGCUCAGAAGGCUGACGUUCGCUUCGGCCGGACGAGAGAGGAGAGCCAGAAGCUUCUCGAUCAGACGACCGCUGCUGAAGCUGUAGUUUCCACUUCCAGACGGUUGGAUUUUUCUGGAAUCGAAGAUGUAUCUGGAAUUUUGAAUUCGGCGAUUUCGGGAAAAUUGCUUACAAUUGCUGAACUCUGUUCGGUGCGGCGUACUUUGAAAGCUGCUAGGGAGUUGUUUGAGGAACUGCAGGCUCUGGCUGUUGGUAACCAUUAUUCAGAUAGGUUCCUGCCCUUGAUUGAAAUACUUCAGAAUUGCGAUUUCCUGGUGGAGUUGGAGAGAAAAAUUGAAUUUUGUAUCGAUUGCAAUUACUCAAUUAUUCUUGAUAGAGCUAGUGAAGACUUGGAGCUCAUUCGCUUGGAGAAGAAGAGAAAUAUGGAAGAGUUAGAUUCUCUGUUAAAGGAAGUGUCCUUUAAGAUUUAUCAGGCAGGUGGAAUUGAUCGUCCUCUUAUAACAAAGCGACGAUCUAGAAUGUGCGUUGCUGUUAGAGCUACUCACAAGAAUUUGGUUUCGGAUGGUAUUCUCUUGAGUACCAGCAGUUCUGGUGCUACAUACUUUAUGGAACCCAAGAAUGCAGUGGAUUUAAACAACAUGGAAGUUAGGCUUUCAAAUUCUGAGAAGGCUGAGGAAAUAUCCAUUUUGAGUAUGCUUUCAACUGAAAUAUCAGAGUCAGAAAAUCAUAUAAGAUGUUUGUUGGAUAAAAUUCUUGAACUUGAUCUUGCUUUGGCCAGGGCUGCAUAUGGUCGAUGGAUGAGUGGGGUUUGUCCAUGUUUCUCAGCCAAGGGGUAUGAAGGCUUAAAUUCUAGUAUAACUGACAAUACAUUAUCCGUAGAUAUUGAUGCUAUUCAGAACCCAUUGCUGCUGAGCAACUAUCUGAAAAGUUCCCCAGAUAAUGUUUUAUCUUACUCUGCAAAUGUAGGUCAAUUUGACAAGAGAGGUAACAUGAUCGUCAGUGAAGAAUUUUCAGGAAGCGUCCCUGAUUUUCCAAUGCCAAUAGCAAUAGACAUUAAGAUUAUGCAUCAAACUAGAGUGGUUGUGAUUUCAGGGCCUAAUACAGGAGGGAAAACUGCAUCUCUUAAGACUCUGGGCCUAGCAUCUCUUAUGGCUAAGGCUGGCAUGUACUUGCCUGCUAAGAACCACCCGAAGCUUCCAUGGUUUGACCUUGUUCUGGCUGACAUUGGAGAUCACCAGUCUCUAGAACAAAAUCUCUCAACUUUUAGUGGGCACAUCUCACGGAUCUGUAAAAUACUAGAAGUGUCCUCGGAUGAAUCCCUAGUCCUUAUUGAUGAAAUUGGCAGUGGAACUGAUCCUUCAGAAGGCGUGGCUCUCUCUACCAGCAUUUUGCGAUAUCUCAAAAAUUGUGUUAACCUAGCUAUUGUGACUACUCAUUAUGCAGAUUUGAGUCGCAUAAAAGAUAGUGACUCUUCAUUUGAGAACGCAGCUAUGGAAUUUUCGCUAGAAACUUUAAAACCUACCUAUAAGAUCCUUUGGGGGAGUACUGGAGAUUCAAAUGCUUUAACUAUUGCUGAAAGUAUUGGAUUUGAUCCUGUCAUAAUAGAACGUGCAAAGCAAUGGAUGGUGAAUCUUACACCAGAAAGGCAGGAUGAACGCAAAGGUUCACUCUUUAAAUCACUAAUAGGGGAAAGAGAUAAAUUGGAAGCUCAAAGACAGAAAGUUGCAUCUCUUCAUGCUGAUAUUUCGGCACUUUAUUAUGAGAUUCAAGAGGAGGCAAAAGAUCUUGAUAAACGAGAGCGAGCUCUCAUGGCUCUUGAAACUAAAAGAGCUCAGCAAGAAGCUGCUGCAAUAAAGUCCAAGAUAGAAACUGUUGUACAGGAGUUCGAAGAGCAAUUGAAAACUUCUGGUACCGAUCAAAUAAAUUCAUUGAUUAAAAAGGCAGAAUCUGCAAUUGCAUCAAUUUGUGAAGCUUAUAGUCCAACUGAGCAUUCCCGCCCUAGUGUAGCAAAUACAAAUUCUUAUACACCCCAGUUAGGCGAACAAGUGUUCGUAACUGGUCUCGGGAAUAAGUUAGCCACUGUUGUUGAAGUGUCUGAUGACGAGGAAAUGAUUCUUGUGCAAUAUGGUAAAAUUAAGGCCAGAGUGAAGAAAAGCAGCGUCAAAGCUCUUCCAAAUAGUGGAAAGAAAGCUGCAGCUAAUACUCUUCCAUUCUCUAAGAAACAGGGUCGACAGAGCAGAGAAUCCGUUAGUCGUCCAGAUGAAAGUAAAGAUGGAGAUUCCUAUGGCCCUGUUGUGCAGACUUCGAAGAAUACAGUCGACUUAAGGGGUAUGCGAGUAGAAGAAGCUUCUUACCACCUUGAUAUGGCUAUCGCUUCAAGAGGAUCAAAUUCAGUUCUUUUUAUCAUACAUGGAAUGGGCACAGGGGCUGUCAAGGAACAUGUACUCGAGACCUUGAGAAAGCAUCCACGUGUUGCGAAGUAUGAUCAGGAGAGUCCCAUGAAUUAUGGUUGUACAGUUGCUUUUCUCAAGUAGAUAUCAAUUUCAUUUGGUCAUGUUAAGUACACUAUCCAUUUGCUCUUUAAUUUGGACACUAACUAAUCACAUAAAUUGUAUAUGUACAUGUUGAUCAAGGAAGUUGAACCAAAAUAAUACAUGAAGCACAUGCUCCGAUUCCUUGGUUCUUUCA